AUGGCUGGUCUUUCAAGAUCUCAUGUAUCAUUCAGAAGAUCAGGUUCAUCUGGUCUUGUUUGGGAUGAUAGAUUCUUAUCCGGAGAAUUGAACAAACUCAAUCCAGAACAACAUCAACAACGACGCAAAAGUACUUCUACUACUACUGAAGAAUCUAAUUAUAAUAAUAAUAUCAAAGAGCUUCACGACGGAACCACAAUACAGAGAAGCCGCUCUACCGGCGCUGGCCGAGGAUACCGUACCGGAAAAGUCUCUCCGCCGGCGUUCGAUCCACCGUCUCCAAAAAUCUCUGCGUGCGGGUUCUGUAGUCCUUUCGCGAAAAAGAAUCAACGGUCAAAGCCCGGCACGCGUCGAUCAAGAUAG